GUUGUUACAUAACUUCAACAAAUAACAUUUUCAAUGUUUUUUUUGUCUUAUAGAAAGGUUUUAUAGAAAGUUUUACUUUAAAUAAAAGAAAGUUAGGCGGGAAAAGUACGCUUUAUCUUAAAACUUUUAUAAGAUGUCAUUUGAUAAAAAUAAUUUUGAAUAUAAAAGUAAUGAAAAAAAAAAAGAUACCAAUUUGAUACCAAUAUUACCAGAUGACAUUGAAGAAGAACCUCCAGACCAUUAUUUUCUUAUAUACAUAAUAUUCUUCCUUCAAGGUAUUGGACUUCUUUUACCCUGGAACUUUUUUAUUACAGCUAAUGAAUACUUUAGUUUUAAAUUUAGUGGCAAUCAUUUCAUUCAGCAAAACUUUGAAAAAGCAUUUUCACUCGGAUCAAUGCUGCCAGCGUUAAUUAGUUUGACUGUAAAUAUAUUUCUUACAAGGAAGCUUUCACGAACUUGUCGAAUAUCUUCAUGUUUGUCAGUGAUGUUUACUAUGUUUUUCAUAACAACUAUUUUCGUCAAAAUUGAUACUACCAAAUGGACCCAGAGUUUUUUUGGAGUCACCAUUUUUUGUAUUGUAUUUAUUCAUUUAGCAUCAGGAAUUUAUGAGGGGACCUUGUUUGGACUUGCAGGACUAACUGGCUCAAAGUAUACUCAGGCUUUAAUGGCUGGUCAAGGCGUUGCUGGAAUUUUUGCUGCAACAACAGAUCUUAUAUUUAAAUUGGCCUACCCUAACCCUGUUGAUAAAAGUUUAAGUGCAUUUGGCUACUUUGUUACUGCGUCUGUUGUCAUUUUAUUUACAGCAAUCACGUAUCCUGUUUUAUUCAAGCUUCCGAAAAUAAAGUUUCUUUUAAAUAAAUCAGAUUUAAAGAGAAAAAAUAAUGUCAAACAAAGUGAAUACAGCGCAAAUAUACUAAAAAAAAAAAUACCAUAUUAUGCUAUUUUCAAACAAAUUAUGCCUUUGGGUUUUUCUGUGAGUGCUGUUUUUUGUGUAACUCUUUCUUUAUUCCCUGCUGUUGUCUCUAAAAUUGUUUCUACAAAUAAAUCAAAUAGCUCAAGAUUUGCAAACGAUUUGUUUUCAUCGUUGGUUUGUUUCUUUAUUUUUAACUGUGGUAAUCUUGCUGGUCGUAUAGCUUCUGGUUUUUAUCAAAUUGUGAAUGAAAAAGGGCCCUGGCUUCCACUGUUAUGCUUUUCUCGAAUACUCUUUAUCCCAUUGUUUUUAAUGUGUCACUUUAAAAAUGGAAGUAUUUUAUUGUAUGUUUUUAAGUAUGACUAUUGGCCUGUUAUAAUAAAUUGUUUGUUUGCUUUUUCUCACGGGUAUCUGGGGAGUUUAUGCAUGAUGUUUGGACCUAAGUUAGUUUCUGCUAAAUAUUCCGAAACCGCUGGGACAAUAAUGUCAUGUUUCUUAACAACAGGACUUACUGCAGGUGCACUUUUAUCAUUUGCCUAUAAUGUAUGAGGUUGGAAAAAAAACAACUAACAUUUAUUUAUAAAACUUAAAGUAAAAUUUUGUUUCGUCAAAACAUUCUUUAUAUGAUUCAAUACAAAUUUGUAAACAUAAAUAUCUGUGUUGGUGUGCGUGUGUUUAAGUGUAAAUAUGUAUUAAUUUACCUCCUAUUUUUGUGUAUUAUGUUUUCUUAAAGUUUAUGCCUAUUUGUAAA